AUGUCCAACGCCGAUGAGCAGUUCGUUCCCAAGGGAGAGAGGGCCGAGGUCCCUUACGCGGAUGAUGGAGCCGCAGCAAAGGAGGACGCGAAGGUUGCAGAGAGCGAGGAGACCGGCAAGGUCACCAAGGAUGAGGUUGAAGGUUUGAAGGAUUCAAUUGGCGGCGGGGAGGUCCUUGACGAUUCGGAGGGAUACACCCGUUCCUCCAACAAGACGGACGGAUAUGAGGCGAAGGAGCAAGAGCUUGACCAGAAAGUUGAACAAGCUAUCGCAAACCAUCCACAUCUUGAUCCACAUCUGAACAUCUUACUGCUACACUACAACCUCACCUCAGCUACAUAUCACCUCGACGAAUUCGAAAUGCCGUCCAAAACGCCCUACUUCGGUUUCUCCAAAGUUAUGCUCGCCGACCUCGGCGAUGCCGACCAGAUCAAGGCCAUCUUCACCAUCCCGACCAACCCAAUUCCUCCCCCAAUCGCAGACAUCCUCGCCGUCCACGCGUACUCGGAAAGCCCCCUGGACGCCAUACGGUCGAGUACGCUGGUAGACCAGCUAUGCGAGGCGUAUAAGGCAACGUGGAGCCCGCAGACGAGAGCCUGGCUAGCCAGGCACCAUCCGGACACUUCGGCUCCUGACAGGUCAAUGGCUCUCGUAAAAACCGCUGUCACGCUCAUGGAGAACCUGCCGCCGAUCCUUGGUACCUACGGUGGAUCGAAGAUUACGAGCCACGGUUCCGUCUCGCGGUGGCUGCAGGACAUUUCAGAUAUCCGCCCAUCACUCGUAUUGCCAAGUCUACUCGAUCAAGUGAGAGCGCGCGCACCUCAGCUUCUCGGCGGCGCCACCACGGGACCCGUCGCAUCCGCCAGCAGCGCCUUUGAAGCGGAGGUCUAUCUGCUACGUCUGGGAGAGAGAGCUGCAGAGCUGAAGAAGGCUUUGGCUACCGGUCCGAAUGUCCCGCACUUCCGUUUGCGGUACAACCUGAAAGCUCGCCGCACGCUUGUCUACAACGACCGCGCCAGCCUCCUUCGCGAACUGAAGGCCGACGCUGUCGAGCGGAUUAUGGGCAGCGACCGUGGUGACACGGACCAGUUCCAUCGGGGCAACGUGGAGCGCCAAUUGGACCGAUGGGAGAAGGAUUACUGCACCGACGAGUACAAGAGCUACGAGCAGCUCAAGCUCUUGGCCAUGUCGGGGGACGUACACCUCACCCCGGAGUUCCUCAUGGAAACUGGGUUCUCAACCGGCGAGCUGCUCGGCGACGAGACCGCCGAAUCCGUCUACGAGCAAUCCGCCUGCUAUCUCAAGUUCCAACUCCUGGACGUCAACGACGCGGAUGUCUUAAAGGCCUCGCUCAACGGGACAACGGUAGCCUGCGGGAAUCGGAUUGCCAACUUCUGCGCUGCCCCCUCCCCGUCCUACGUUCCUCGGCGGUUCCGGCGCGCGGAAAAGUACGGGAACAAGGUGUACGCCCACCACACCGGCCGUUUCAAGAACGGUGUCGGCAAUCGGCGUCAGGGUGAGCGAGGUUUCGGUCCGCUGAAACCGGCGGAGUCAGCGUGGCGCACUAUCGUCCAGGUCGGAGGAGGGGCGUCGAAGCUCCGGUACUACAGGCUCGCCGACUAUACCAAGCUCACCCAUGCCGCAUGGGCGGAGAAAUACAUGUGGGACGAACUCAUCUUUUCGGUGAUGUUUUGGAACUCAUGCCAUUCGAACUCCGCUUGGCCCGGAGGCGACGCACCGUACCCACCCCUGGUGCCCGGGGAGACGAUCGGUCGCGCCGCCGUCGUCGCGGAGGCCCUCCAGGCAGAUCUCGAAAAAGUCGUAAGGGGGUAUGUCUUAUCGGUGUUGAAGUCGAACCCACAGCUGGACGUAUGCACCGCGUUGUGCCUGCGCCAACUCGGAUUUGACCGACGAGAGCGGGACGCGCAUGCCUUUGUCACGGCCCAUCGAUAUCAUCAGGGGCACACCAUAUCGCGGGACUGGCGGAGCAACAAACGCGGCCGCGCCAACAAAGUCGUCAUCACCGGACUUGAUCAGGAUGUGGAGAUCCCAGUGCGGAAACACAGCGAAAGCACGGGCAUCAUCUCCCUCGAGCUGCACAUGUUCGUCCUCGGGCAGGUCACGGAGACCGCUAUCACGCUUCGCCCUGCUGGCGUCGACCUGCACCGUUGGGGGCCCACCAGAGAUCCACUGGACGCCACGGUUCGCGCCGAAGUGCGGACGGACCAGGACGGAGUGUGGAAAAAGGCAGCCCGUGCCGCGCGUUCGAAAGAGUCGCCAGUCAAUUCGAUCACUGUCCGCUUCGGCCUGCUCGAGCCGAGGGACAGGAUCGGGCAGCCUUACGACCCCUGCAACCCCCCACUUGGCAUCUACAUGGUCGACUGCGGUACGAAGCACUGGCUAGGGACCAAACGCAGCGGCAUCCUGUCCUUCCAGUUCCAACAGGAAGCGAUGGCGCUACUUCUCGGUCUCCCGGUGGAACGGCAGACGCAGCGAGACCUGGCGUUCUUCACGGUCAUCCAGCAGCAGUCGUCAGCGGCGGUACCUGCGUCCGUCAAUCCCUCACAGUCGGUUCCCCCCUCGCAGUCGGCGCCAAGUCUCUUGCCGUCGCCCCCGAAAUCCAUCCAGGCCCAGUGGAAGAAGCUCGUUGAUGCCGAAGCCGAAGCCAACAGGGAGCGUCAAGGCAUCAGCCCCUCGCCUCUGAACCGUCCCCUGGGGUUUGCUGACUACCGCAAACCGGAUCUACUCAAGGCAUGGAUGGACUCCAUCCAGGUUCAGCGCGAUUUCCUUCUCGGCAUCCGCGACACCUACGAUGUAUCCAAGCUGGACGGCGCUGCGAAGUUUACUGUCUGA